GUGGGAUCCGGUCCUGAAUUCCUGAUUCUUUAAAAUGCCCUCCUCACCUAACCAUUAGUUUCUUUCAUUCAACGUUGCCGACUGCCGGGUGCCAAAAAUCAAUUGUCCAACAUUGACUGCGUCCUGCAACUUGGGAGUUGGGGCUCGGGGAGUGAAACUUUCAGGGAAAAAAAAAAAAAAAAAAAGGAGUGAAUCCCGAGGACCAAUUGCAUCCAACGGCGCAUAGUCGAAUAUUAGGUAAAUAAACAGUCAACAGUCCCUCGGAAAGGUGGGCGCUCUCCUUCUCUCCGGUGUGUGUCGUCCCGAGUAUCAGUUAAUCGCUGACGUCUGAGCUGAAGUUUCUCUGCAACUCUAGGGUUUUCUUUUUUUCCUCUCCUAAUAACUUCAAAUUAAUUUCAUUAAAGUAGAGAAAGACAAAAUAGUGAAAAUGAUUCUAGUUCGAUCCAUGCGCCCUGUCAUCCGGCCUGCAUUGCUGUAUUCUUCGUUUUCUUCGGUCGCAGCUGUUGAAGCAGAAAGAACAAUACGAGAAGGGCCGAGGAAUAACUGGAGCAGAGAGGAAAUCAAGUCGAUUUACGAUUCUCCAAUUCUGGAUCUUCUUUUUAAUGGCGCUCAAGUCCAUAGAUAUGCCCACAACUUUAGGGAAGUGCAACAGUGUACUCUUCUUUCUAUUAAAACAGGUGGAUGCAGUGAAGAUUGUUCGUACUGUCCUCAAUCCUCUAGGUAUAACACAGGAUUGAAAGCCCAAAAGCUGAUGAACAAAGAUGCUGUUAUGGAGGCAGCACAGAAGGCAAAGGAGGCUGGUAGUACUCGAUUCUGCAUGGGUGCUGCAUGGAGGGAUACCAUUGGCAGGAAGACCAAUUUCAACCAGAUCCUUGAAUAUGUAAAAGAAAUAAGGGAUAUGGGCAUGGAAGUGUGCUGCACUUUGGGCAUGCUAGAGAAGCAGCAAGCCAUGGAACUCAAGAAGGCAGGGCUUACAGCUUACAACCAUAAUCUUGAUACCUCAAGAGAGUACUACUCUAACAUCAUAACUACAAGAUCUUAUGAUGAACGCCUGGAAACUCUUCAGCAUGUACGAGAAGCAGGGAUCAAUGUCUGUUCUGGUAUUCGCUUCAGAAAAUCUCUCACUUUCUAAAGCAUGCUCUUGCUG